AUGUUUCCUUCUGUAGCAGCCAUGUCCAAUUCAACUUCUUUGUCCACUGAAGAAGCAGCUAGUGUUUCUUCUGGUCCCAGACUCCCAGAUCACUUUGCUUGCCUAAACCCUCUUUCAAGUACUUUCACUCUCGACCAUCAGCAACUGCCGCAGAAGAUUAAAAAGAAGAGAAGCCUCCCUGGAAACCUAGACCCUGAUGCCGAAGUGAUAGCAUUAUCCCCUAAAACGCUCCUGGCCACGAACAAAUUCAUGGCCGAGAAUUGCAACAAGGGGUUCCAGAGGGACCAGAACCUCCAGCUUCACAGGAGAGGCCACAACCUGCCAUGGAAGCUGAAGCAAAGGAGCAGCAAGGACUUGAUCAAAAAGAGAGCCUAUGUGUGCCCUGAGCCCUCUUGUGUUCAUCACCACCCUUCAAGAGCACUUGGGGAUCUCACAGGGAUCAAGAAGCACUUUUGCAGAAAGCAUGGGGAGAAGAAGUGGAAGUAUGACAAGUGCUCGAAGAUCUAUGCUGUUCAAUCUGAUUGGAAAGCUCACUCCAAAACCUGUGGUACAAGAGAAUAUAGAUGUGGCUGUGGAACCCUUUUCUCCAGGAAGGAUAGCUUCAUAACUCACAGAGCCUUUUGUGAUGCUCUGGCUGAAGAAAGUGCAAGGCUCUCAGCAAGCCAAUUAGCUAUUGCCACCACACCUCAAUCUCUCUCUCUCUUCCCUUUCCCAAACCACUCUCACUUCACAAACCCACCCCCAUUACCAUUCACCACCCUCUCUCCCUGGGACCCACCCCACAACCCUAACCCUAAUACCACCCAAAACCCACUUCACCACCACGUCAAGCCUGAAGAAACUCACCACCACUUCCCCCUAAACCCAAUUCUCUUCCAAGAGACCCCAUCACCUCAACACAAGCCUCUGAUAACUGAUAAACACCUCCACGUCAGCACACAGCCAACCUCAAGAGUCGCCACGUCAGCUCACCUGUCAGCCACUGCGCUGCUCCAAAAGGCCGCCACCAUUGGCGCCUCCGAGGCUGGGCAGCAGCAGUCUCAGUCAGCUGGCUUGGCUGAGUUUGGGACAUUAGGAGGGUUCACGUCCGGAGAACUCACCACGUGGCAGAAGACUGACCGUCUGACGAGGGACUUCCUCGGUCUGACGUCCGCGGACGGCAACGGCUGUGAUCAUGGGAAUGGAGCUGUUAACGUCGUCAACGAUAUGUUAACGUCGUCAACGAUAUGUUAA